AUGGCGCCCGGGUGGCGAGAGCGGCUGAUGCUGGUUCGGCGCAUCGCCUGGAUGGUUGCAGUCCUGUACUUUAUCCGGUCGAUCACGAUCUCGGUCACGACAGUGCCGCCGUCGGUGGCGACAUGCGAGAUCACGGUGCCGCAGAGCAUGAUGGAGGUAAUUUUGGCGACCCCGGACAUCCUGGCUGGAAAUAUCGGGCAGUGCACCGACAAGAUUUUCUCAGGUCAUACGGCGAUCCUGGUGAUUUCGUUCCUGUUUUGGCUCCGGUAUGCGCGGCACUGGAGCUUCAUUGCGUACAGCGCCAUCCACACAACACUUGGCAUCCUGAGCGUGCUCUUGGCCCGCUACCACUAUACAGUCGACGUUGUUGUUGGCGCUCUGCUGACGUACUUUGUGCACCACAUUUACUACACCUCGCUCGACCAAGCCAUCCGCCAGCAGCUCUAUGUCGAGACCGGCCAGCGCAAGACAUCCUUUGUCAUUGACGACUUCGAGUCCUCCGAGUACUAUUCGAUGGUGCCUACUAACCGGCGCGCCAGACGGCGCCUCGACGACAGCAACAUUAGGGAGGCUUGGCACGACCACGACAGCGCGGUGGGGGUGGAUAUUGGCGAAACCCACGCGCAGCCCGCAGCCCCCGCAGCCCCGUGCGGCGAAGCGGCGUUUGGCUUCCGCAAGCGCGAAACAUCGUCAACCACAUGUACCACGGCUGUGUCGACGUCUGCAGCCGGUAGCACCUGGGCCGAAGAAGGCAGCGAGGUAGACGACUCUGGCGCUACUGCGUAUCAGCAUGGUGUGUCGGCACGCGGGGCCUCCCCGCAGCACCACGAAAUUACUGUGCACGAUGAGAUGGAUGAUAGCUUGGGCGCUAUUAAUAUGCCACAUGGCGGCGACCAGUUCAUGCCCCUAAGCAGCAGGACGUGUAUAUCUGGGCAUUCGAGGCUGGAGCUGCUGGGGAUUAACCGGCCGUUUGGAUCUAUCUUGCCUGCGCUUGUGUCGUGGAUGGACGGGUUGGAUCUGAGGUACCCGUCGGCACCCGCCGCGUCUCCCUGA